CUGUAAAACCCCUUACACACUUAAAAUACAGUCUGCUGCCACUAUGAUGAACCUAUUAACAGCCUUUUUACUAAUGAUGAUAACAGGACACAGUACAUCUGAAUAUGUCCACAGUCUUAGCUGCAACUAUGAGCCUAUGAAGAAUGUGUCUGACACAAGAAUAUGGUGCAAGAGAGAUGCCCAGAACGAAAACUGCUGUACAGGGUUUGCAUUUAGGCCAGGUGUCAGCACUUUAGAAGAUGGUGAAAUACAUGUAGAGGAUGAUGGAAAGUCCUUUGUUGUGUCCAUGUCGACACUGACUCAAGGAGAGGGAGUCUACUGGUGCGGGUUGAUGGAUAAAGACAAGAAAUCCAUUGUUAAACUGAACCAGAAGCACUUUUACCUUUCGCUGAACUUUUUCUGGUCCAUACUCCGCUGGAUUAUAUUUAUUUUGCUUGCUUUGAUGUUCAUCUCAAUUAACAUUUAUAUAAACAGGAAAUAUGGAAAUGAAAAAAACACACAUGAAGUCAUUAGGAUGCGGGUGAUGGAAUAAAGUGGCUACAUUGGCCAAAGACAUGAAGAAAACAUGGUCUGACAUCAGUUUACAUUACACAGUUCCUAAUUGUU